AUGCCGGAAUCCGUAGGUCUAGCGCCAGGCGGUGUCGAGGAACCCAUCGCGCUGUCUGUCCCACCGCUGAGUGGUCCCCAGCAGCUGCCAGAAUCGACGGCUGGUGAAGUCCCAAAAGAUGGAGUAUGGCUGUCUAUCGUCGCGGCUGGUGACAACGGCCCCAGCGAUACAUCACCCCAGCAAGCAACGACAAUAGAUGCUUCCCACACUGCACCAUCAGUCACCCUCCCACCAACCCCUACGCCCCUCCAGCCAAUACCCCCCACUACCGCCGCCGCUCCUUCACCUUCAACACCUCUCCAGCACCUUCCCCCCGCCUCCAACCCCACCGCAUCCCCCUCCACCUCCCCCUCCUCAACAGACACACAGACCCUAACCUCCUCCCGCGCCGCCCUCGAAGCAACCAUCCUCUCCACCGGAACCGCAUACACGCACCCCAUCGAAGCCCGCGCGCGCGAUCUACACGCCAUGAACAUCGCUCUAGCCACACAACAGACGCGGCUGCUUAGCGUGACUGGGGCGCUGGCCAAGGAGAAUGACCGUCUGGCUAAAUUAGCUGACGAGGGGCGGAGAAGACUGAAGGAGGCCGGCGCGCUGGAUGUGUGGGCCGAGGUGCUCGAGGGCGAUUUGGCGGCUGUGGAGGAGUGCCUGAGAAUCGUGGAAGGCGGAAGGGAGGAGCGCUGUGAGAGCUGUGGAGGGGAUUUGGCCGCCGUCGACGAGGACGCCGUGAGGUGGUGUGAGGGCUGUGAUGGGCUUUGGCAUGCGGGGUGUUGUGGGGAGGAAGGGGUGGGUGUUGAUGCUGCGGGGGAGGGAGAGGGUGUGGCGGAUCGAGAUGGGGGGGUUGAGUGGAGGUGCAGGGAGUGUGCGCUGAGAGAGGAUCUGGAGGCUAUGGUGGGGGAGUUGGGCGGGUUUGUGGAUGAUGAGAUGGAUACGAGUGGGGAAAUUACGGUUGAGCUGCCGAAGGGGGGUGUGGUGCAUGAUGGGAGGUGGGACUUGGUUCAUGAUGAGGGAGGAGAGGCCGUUAUGGAGGAGGCAAGGAAUUGGAAGGGCAAGGGUGUUGUUUAUCACCACGAGAAAGAUGUGAAGAUGGCGGAAGAAGGGGUUGCGGGAGGAGAGGAAGUGGGUGCGAUAGCUGGCGCUGUGGAUGGAGGAAGUGCGGCAGGCGGAGCGGAUGUGCUGGAGAAGCCGGGCGUUCACGCAGAUACACCCUCAGACUCAAAGCAGGCGGAUCCCAUCCAAGAUCAUGAAUCCACGAGUGCUCCCAGCAGCGGAGAUCAACCCUUGGAGAUGGACCUUUCCGAGUUGGAGGUUGCACCGCCACGACGAGCCGUUUGGACGUGGGGGGUUUAGUUCAUGGACUGGUAUGUGGAUGACGAGCGGAAAUGCAGGGAGGGUUGGAUAUGGGAUGAUAUUGAUUUCUGGAGUGCCGUUUGUGGAUUGGGUAUGGUUUACGAUUUAUGAAGAAUGAUCACGACAUUUUUUGCACGUUAUAUACCAAGGCGAGCGUUCCUGCACAAAUAUACAAUUCGAUAGUCAACAAAACAUGCACGAGUC